CUCAGGCAGUGAGAGAGGCUGACACUUGGGGAGGCAGCAGUGCUCUGCAUAACGGUCUGCACAACACAGAGGAGGGACCCACAGCUCACUGAUCUCACUCCUACAGCCCGGGGAUGAUGACAAAGUGAACUUGUUGCAAGUUUGUUGUUGUGCAGCGAAUAAGUUGUAGCAGCUCUGCCUCCAGCUGAUGGUUAAUGUUGCUGGAUUCCUUGCUAGUGAGAGAAGCAGCCUGCAGCAGAGGGAGCUCGUCUGUUUGCUGGAUGCAGCCUGCAGGACACGUCGGAUCUCCAACUCUCUGUCUCACAGCUCCGGGGGAUAGUAAGAAACCCCUUGCUGCCCACUUACUCCACUGGUGCCCCUGCACCUCCCCCUGUUACUCUGGAUAUUCUGUUUUACAGCUGAUUCUUCUCUCCUUGUCUUGGUUCUAAAAACUUCCUAACUACUUUACUUGCUGGGUCUAGAAGGUGAGAGGCAGUGAGCUGAGCCUCACUUUACAGAACUGCCACCUUCAUGCCUCCACAGUUACUCUUUUUUACCCCACUUGGACUAUUAACCAACAGGCAUAAUAAUUAUUAAUUAUAACACUUUUAUAUUAUUGAUCUAGUUUUUAUAAUUACAUUUUUUACUUAUUGUUUGCACAUUUGUUAUUUUGUAUUUUUUUUUUAAUAUAUAUAUAUAUUAUCUUAUUUGGGGUGGAUAUAGGAAGAAAAAUAUGCACUACUAUUUGCUAAGCGUUUUCCUUGCCCUGGAUCUGGCCACGGUGACUCUUAGCUUAUCUACCUGUAGUACCCUAGAUAUGGAUCAGUUCAUGAGGAAAAGGAUUGAGGCUAUCAGAGGACAGAUUCUCAGCAAACUGAAGCUCAAUAGCCCUCCAGAGGAUUACCCUGAGCCCGAGGAGGUGUCCCAGGAUGUGAUCUCUAUAUACAACAGCACAAGGGACUUGCUGCAGGAAAAAGCUAAUCAGAGGGCAACUUCAUGCGAGAGGGAGAGGACUGAUGAGGAGUAUUAUGCCAAAGAGGUUUACAAAAUAGAUAUGCUGCCUUACUACUCAUCUGAAAAUGUCAUCCCACCAAACUAUUACAGUCCAUACUUCAGAAUCGUAAGAUUUGAUGUCUCUGCUAUGGAGAAAAACGCUUCUAAUUUGGUGAAGGCAGAAUUUAGAGUAUUUCGUUUACAGAAUUCCAAGGCACGGGUAUCGGAACAACGAAUAGAACUAUAUCAGAUCCUCAAGUCCAAAGAUUUGACAUCACCGAUGCAGCGGUAUAUUGACAGCAAAGUUGUGAAAACAAAAGCGGAAGGAGAGUGGCUGUCCUUCGAUGUAACGGAAGCAGUUAAUGAAUGGCUCUACCACAAAGAUAGGAACCUUGGAUUUAAGAUAAGUUUACAUUGUCCUUGCUGCACCUUUGUACCAUCAAAUAACUACAUAAUUCCAAACAAGAGUGAAGAAUUAGAAACCAGGUUUGCAGGUAUUGAUGAAAAUUACAUGUACACCAGUGGGGAUUAUAAAGCGGCUGGAGGUCGGAAAAAGCACAGUGGUCGGACUCCCCACCUUCUGCUCAUGUUAUUGCCUUCACACAGGCUUGAGUCACAACAAUCCAGUAGAAGGAAGAAACGAGCCCUGGAUGCUGCUUACUGCUUUAGAAAUGUUCAGGACAAAUGUUGUCUACGACCAUUAUACAUUGACUUUAAGAGAGAUCUUGGAUGGAGAUGGAUACAUGAACCUAAAGGUUAUCAUGCUAAUUUCUGCGCAGGAGCUUGUCCUUACAUGUGGAGCUCAGACACCCAACACAGUAAUGUACUCAGUCUUUACAACUCAAUUAAUCCAGAAGCUUCCGCAUCACCAUGCUGUGUAUCUCAAGAAUUAGACUCUCUAACAAUCUUGUACUACAUAGGAAAAAAGCCAAAAAUUGAACAGCUUUCAAAUAUGAUUGUAAAAUCCUGUAAAUGCAGCUAAAAUUGACAUGAAGACCAUAUAUGUUAGAGGAAAAAAAAUAAGAAUAUGCCUUUUUUUCAUCAGUGUUAAAAUGUAAAAAGAAAAAACAAAACAAAAAAAAAAAAACGGUACUAGUGUGAACUGUUUGCAAGAUUUUUAUUUUUUUUAAUUUUUUUUAUAACUGGCAAAUGAAAAACAUGGAAGGCUUUCAUCCAAGUUAAAUCUGCUCAAUCAUUGAGAUAUUUGGAGAGAAUCUUUAUUUUUUUUCCCUCCACACUACUAAAUGUUCCUGUGUUUAAGUGAGAACUUGGGCUACAAAAAUUGUAUUUUCAGUGACUGUCAGGAGGAGCCCAUGUCUCUAAAAAUAAAUAAAUAAAUUAUCAUCUGAGUUUCUUGGUACUCUAUGAUACGUAUGGAUGUUGCAUACAACAUCCUAUUUUUUUUUUUUUCCUUUUUGUCCUUUAUUGCCGUUAUUGUAUUUCAGUACAUGAAUUUCUAACCUUUACUCAGUAUAAUCAAUGGAGAUUUUGCCUCACAUAGGAAUGCAGACACAAAUACAGAUUAAAAUGUCUCAAUUUUUUUAAGAAACUUUUAGCAGAAUAUAGAGACAUUUAUUUAAAAAUAAAAAUAAAUAAACACUGGAAAAAAAUGUUAGUUUUGUUAUGUGAAACUAAAAACAGGAAAAUCCCUCUAAGUGGAGAUGCUGUAUCUGUCCCGUAUCUUACUUGAUCCCUUUUUUCUGCCAUAGGCGCAAUAACCAACCAUUCCUUUUAGUUUUAGUAUUGAUGGGUAUUAUUUAUUUGUGUGAUAAUAAAAAGCAGUCAUUUUGUAACCAUUCAAUAUGUGGAUAAAUGAAGACCAAAUAAAUUACUUAAAAUGUUUAUUGUUUAAAAUGCUUAUUGAAACAAACAAAAUCGUACACGCACAAUUUCAUCCAUUCUCUGUGUACACAUUUCUGUGUUCAAUAACAAAUACUUUAUGGAAGGCUUUUGAAAAAGUUUUUUUUUAGAAUAAAUAUAGAUUAACCUAGAAAAUAUUUUGUUAGCAACAUCUGCAUUUUAAUAUUAUAUUCAUUAAGUCAAUGCAAAAGUGGUUUAGAUUAUUCUAGGCACCUCCAAAUGCCCUAUUGAUUACUUUCUAAAAACACAUAUUUAGAUAAACUUUACAUAGGUGCUUGUUUAAAUUAAACAUACUGAUUAUAAAAAAUAUUUAAAUAUAUCACAUUGUAUAUUGUUAGUAGGGAUGGGUAAAUGUCAGUUUUUAUAUCAGAAUUAUAGAAAGACUAUUUUUCUUGUUAUAACUUCUAUCAUUUAAGAUAAUUUCUGCAGGACAAAUAUUAACAUUCGAAAAUCAAUUGUUUAUAUUUGAUUAUUCAGUGUUAACAUAGGAAUACUGAAUAUUGAUUGUAGCAUUUGAAUAUUAUGUUGAUUCCCACAGACUUACUUUCAGUAUUUGUUUAGAAUGAAUGCAUUUAAAUAAUAUUUAUUAUUUUUAACAUCUGUACCCAAACAUUUACCAAAUGCCAAUUUUUAGUACCAAAAAAAUAAAAGCAAGACCAUUUUAAGGCAAAUAACAUUUACUUACAAAAGCCUGAUCUAUGAAUUUCUGUCUGUUCGCUAAUGUAUUUUAAUAUGAGAAAAAGAUGCAAGCAAAAAUAUUUUUGGUAAAAUCCUCAUAAUAAAUAAAGGAAAUACUGUAAAAGGGACAAUAAAUACCAUGUAAUUACACAACAUUUCUGUUGUGUUGAUGUAGAAUAACAUAUCAGUCAAGUCUAAACAUUUUUAAAACAACACCCACAGUUACCUUAUCUGGAGGAGCCACACUGGGCUUUAGUUUGAAGACAAGUCUUGCUACAGUCAUAAUGAUAGUAUAAUAGUUCAUUGUUUUGCAGUUGUCUGCUGAAUGCAAUUAGAUACAUAUGUAGCAGGGUUGGCCUUGAUAAGUAUGCAGUGUACUUCAAGUUCCGAGAUUUAGAAAAUCAUUUUUCAGAGCUAAAUUGCAUGAAAAUGGGAAAAAAUUAUGAAAAUAUAUUGCAAAGUUGUUUCAUUAUGCAUAACUAAACAUUUAUAGAAGUAUCAAGGUGUUUAUUGUUCCUUUAAAUCCACUGAAUUCUCUGAAUACAGAAGCUGCUGAUUGUGACCUUUCUGAAGUCUCUAUUUGUUUCACACCAUAAGGGUUUAUUUUACAUGUGAUAUAUGUAAUGCUUGACAUAAUCUGUUGGUCUUCAAUUAAUAGAAACACGGAGAAACCAGGAAGGGCAAUAUCAUUUUUCACAUGAAAAAAAUAUUCAUGCAAAAUCUGUUUUUUAGUUAUAUCAGAUUUGUUUUAUUAAAUUAAUUUGUUUAAUCGGGAAACUUUGAUAUUAAGAUGUACAACUAUGCUAUUUUUUAGGUAAAUGUAAGUAAUUGUACUAAGUAUAUUACAAAAGGUGAAUAUUAGAACUAGCUUAAUUUUAGAACAGAUUUGUAGAUCUAUAUAUGCUUUUAAAUUCAUAAAAGAACACCAAGUGCAAUCUUACCAUAUGCAGAAUUGUCAGCUAUGAUUAUUUUUAAUUUUUUAAUUUAGAACCCAGAUAAAGAUGUGUGCUGUAGCUGGCCAGUAUGAGUUGCGUUCUAUACUUUGACUUGCACUACAUAUAUGUCUUGUAUAUUUUUAAAUCUGUUAAGGAUUAUAGCAUAAGCUACUAUUCUAUACUUUUCUAAGAAGGUUAAAUUAAACUAUUUUAAUAACGCAUGUUUUUGAUACUGAUGCAAAAAUAUUCAGUUUAGUAUAAUUUCUUCCUGACUUUGAAAUCUUGGCUAGGUUAGUCUAUUUUGCUAUUAACUGGCCUAAUACAUAAAGUUGUUGAUAUAGGAAAUCCCAUAUAUUUUAGUACAGAGCUAGCUAAACCAAAAAUCACAAAUUUCUAUUAGGAAAUCAAUCUUUGUAAAUAGACAAAUUCAUGUAAAAUAAAUCACCUCAAGCAUAUUAUCUAUGCAUUUUUUUAACGUGUAGACUGGGACCUUUUUUUUAGGCUGUUUUACUCUAAAGUCCUUGGCAAGCAAAUUAGUAGCUAAAUAAUACAAUUUAAUUAGAAGAACCCUACUAUGUUGUAACAGUUAUCAUAACAUUAUUAGAGCAUUGUAAUAAUGUUAUGGUUUGCUUCAAUUGCAAUAUCCUUACAAUUUUAUUUUAAUAUAUGAAAAAUGCAUAAAUGUGCAUCUAUUCCAUAAUGGCACAUUAUACUAUCAUGGUAUUUCAAAUAAAUUCAAGGAUAUAUAUAUAUAUAUAUAUAAACAUAUACUUAUUGAUUCACAUACAUAUAUAUACACACGCACACAUAUAUAUAUAUAUAUAUAUAUAUAUAUAUAUAUAUAUAUAUAUAUAUAUAUAUAUCUCAACUACAGACAAACAAAAACACAUCAAAUUAAUAACAAAUGAGUUUACUGCUGAAAAUAAAAUAUAAAACAGGAAUUAUAUAAAUAAAAAAAGAAAAAUAACAAAGAAAUGUUGCACGGGAAAUGUAUUACCAAGACAUACCUGAGCUUGCUAGUGGGCAAUUGCUUAAAACAGAAAUAAUAAUGAUAUAUUUUCUAUACUUGGGAUACUACACAAACUACAGGUCAUACACGGCUAUUCAUUUUGUUGUGGUUGCCAUAUCCUUUAGUUAUGUAUUCAUUGUAAAGGAAAAUAACUAUAGGAAGCCAGCAGAGGUGACUGUGAUUACAGCCUAUACAUAGAUCUCUGUGAUUAAAGUCUAUCUUACUGAAACAUAUAAACUGAAAAAUGUUACCUUGUGUCUCCUUGAUCUAGAAAUAACAAAUGUAUGUGUCUUAAAGGGAUAGUCUAGUCAAAAUUAAACUUUCAGGAUUCAGAUAGAGCAUGGAAUUUUUAUCAACUUUCUAAUUUACUCCCAUUAUAAAAUUUUCCUCAUUCUCAUGUGGGCCGAUUUAUUAACUGUCGGACGGACAUGAUCCACUGUAGCGGAUCAUUACCGCCCGACAUCGCUAAAUGCUGACAGCAUAGGCUGUCGUCAUUUAACAUUGCACAAGCAUUUCUAGUGAAAUGCUUGUGCAGUGCCGCCCCCUGCAGAUUCGCUGCCAAUAGGCCGCUAGCAGGGGGUGUCGAUCACCCCGAUCGUAUCUGAUCGGGAUGAUUGCUGUUCACCACCUCAGAGGUGGGGGACGAGUUAAGGAGCAGCGGUCUUACGACUGCUGCUUCUUCACAUAUGGUUCCAGCGAUCUUGAAUCUACAGGGAUGGAUUGCAGCAUCCACUGCGUGUUAAAUCUAUCACUUGGUAUCUUUAUUUGAAAAAGCAAGAAUGGAAGCUUAGGAGCCGGCCCAUUUUUGGUUCAGCACAUGGAUAGCGCUUGCUGAUUGGUGGCUACAUCUAGACACAAAUCAGAAAGCGCUACCCAGGUGCUGAACCAAAAAUGAGCUGGCUCCUAAGCUUACAUUCGUGCUUUUUAAAAUAAAGAUAGCAAGAGAACGAAGAAAAUUGAUAAUAGGAGUAAAUUAGAAAGUUGCUUAAACUUGCAUGCUCUAUCUGAAUCGUGAAAGUUUAAUUUUGACUAUACUAUCACUUUAAUUACUGAUUUCAAAUAAAAAAAACAAAAUUUUUUAAUUUUGUAAAAAUACUCAAAGCCACUCCCAAUUAUAAAGAAAGCUUAAUGAAACUAUAAUCAUUAUCAAAAUCCCUUGGAUGUGACUUAUUACAAAAAAAAAAUCAGAAUGGAAAAUGUUUCACAAUGUAGAAGUAUUUUAUUAUUUAAAUUGAUUUAAAAAUAAUUAGCAAUAUUCAGCAAAACAUAAAAUCUUUCACAUCUUUUUUUUCAGAAUACUAGAAUUUUAUACUUUUUUUUCAAAAUGCAAUUAAGACCUAUGCUUCAAAACUAUUGUAAAUAAUUAUAAAUAUGAGCAGGAACAACUGUUUUUUUAGUGUUUUCUAUUUUAUUUUAGUAUAUUUUGUACAUGUUUUUGUUUUGAGGGUGCAUUACGUAGGUGAACAAAUUUUUAAAAUCACAUGCUUAAUUUUUAAUUAUUUUUAAGUGAAAAUUCUACUUUUUUUAAAUUGAGAAGCACCACUCUAAAGCAAAAAGAAAAAGACAUCUCAAGUUGAUUUGUAAUAUAAUAAUUUGCAAUAAUAAUAAUUAACUAUUAAUAACAUUUUAAUACUAUCUUUUUUUAUUCCUGAACAGGGUUUGAAAGUCAGUGUAUUAACAUUUGGUUCAAUUCAUAAACAAAUCAUAGCAGACGUUAAUGAAGUAGAUAAAGGGGGCGGGGAACAAUGAAUGAGAGGAGCAAAUAAUCAAUGGACAGAUGAUUACUUGUGUUUUUAACCCUUUAAGGACACAGCUUUCAGUUUGCUCAUUUGUUUUAUGACGGAAAAAUUCCGUCAUAUGUCCUUAAGAGGUUAAAGAUUUUAUCUCAGCAUGUAAUUAAUGUAAAACAACUACUUUGUGUUGGAUGCAGUUUAUUGUGAACAAUGCAGAUUUCUGAAAAAAAAAAAGACUUACUGCUCCAGAAUGACCUGUGUUUGUCAUUUGGAUGCAUUUAUUUUUGUUACACAUUACACUACGGGGAAUUCUAACACAAAAGAAAAUAAAAGUGCAUUUCUGGCUUCAUCAAUUAUACAUUUGUAUGGACAGCACAGGUGAAAUUAAAUAUAAACCCAGUUCAGUUCUAUUUUUGUGACUGAUUGCUUUGUAUUUUAACACAAUGUAUGUCUGUUUUCGUGGUGCUGUAGUGGUAAAUAAAUUAUUUCAGUUGUACAAACA